CCUUCUGCGAUGGAAGUUAAUAUGGAUAUAGUGCCCGACAGCGAAACAGCUACACAGCCUCAAAUUUCUUCUGUGGUGUCAACUGCGCCAAACAAUUCAGGAUUAAUGGUUGCAUUACACCCGUUGACGCUAUUAAAUAUAUCAGAUCAUUUCACACGUAUCAAGAUGCAACAACAGAUUCAAAAUCCACAAGUCAUCGGCGCUCUUGUUGGCAUUCAAACAGGUCGUGACGUUGAAAUAUCCAAUUCCUAUGAGUUAGAUUUUGAUACUAUUGAUGGAAAGAUCCAAGUUAAUCAUGAGUACUUUAUAACGAAACAAGAACAAUUUCGCCAAGUUUUCCCACAAUUUGAUUUCUUAGGAUGGUAUACUAUGGGACCUCUUCCAACAGAAGCAGACAUCGAGAUUCAUAAGCAGGCAAUUAUAGC